CCAGGAGGCGUCCCUUCACGCACCCUCUUCGCCGCCCUUCCCCUGGCGGAUCCCUGGUGGCAUUUUGAGUGUGUGCUUCCCGUUCUUUGCCUAAAAACUCAAACGCCUGAGUGACUUUCCUACCGACCUCUCGUGUGUGUCGGUAUCUUUCCCUCUUUGCCCCCAAUGUUCGGCAAGAGUCCAGAACGAAGCCCGCCUCCGACGACUUCAAAGAGCACAGAACAAGCGCCAAUGCCUACCGCGACGGGCUCCUUGGAGCCAAGUAAUGAAUCGCCAUCUCACGGCCGAUCCGCGACAACAGAUAACUCGCCCCCGGCGCCUCGUCCCAACCUUUCUGAGAAAGUUCAAGCACCGUUUGUACCUGGUCAAACUUCCGAAGCCGCGCCCACUGCCGUUACUACUGAUGCUCCAAAAAAGCACCAUCGCCUUUUACCCCUACCAUCGCGGACAUCUCUAAAAGCAGAUAGGUCAUCAACGUCUGAUAGGACUCAAGAUGGACCACAUGACGGAUCUGAGAACACACUUCGUGGUUCGCGGAGGAGUCUUCUGAGGGGCCGAAGGGAUAGAAGCAGAGGAAGCAGCAUGCGAUCCAAAGAGCAAAAUCCGGACGAGCCUAGUCUGGAGGAAAAUAAGACUGCUAGCCCUGAUGUGCACGAUCAAACGAGAUCGGACAAGGCUUCUAAACCCUCGCGAAAACUCUUCGCCUUUCUGAGCUGCUGUUCGUCAUCUGAUGUCGACCCCGAGGACGGUUCUAUUCCUCCGAAGAAGACUCCCACACGGCUAUCCGUUGUUCAGACUCAGCCAACGCCGGAGAAAGCGGAUGUCAAUGCCGCCGACUCGAGUAUGGCGGAGUCCAAGAUGUCGAGUUAUUUCAAGGACGAGAAGCCCAAUAUGACAGUGAUUCCCGACAAACAAUCAUCACAUGAAGAGGGUGCUGCGGAACCAAGCUCGCAAUAUGAUGGAACAAAAACGGCGCCAGUUAUACCUGAAUCUGUUCAAAAUCAACCUUCAUCAAGCGCGGACAAAGAAACCCGAGUGCCGGACACACAAUCGUCGAUCCAGCCGGCGAUUGUCGCCACUGAGCCCACGACGGUCGAGGAAUCAGAUGAAAAUACAAAUGCGGAUGAGAAUGCGGCAGAAGGCCAGGAGACGGAGAACUUUGAGGUGUCCGCUCAACCCGCUGUGACAGAGGUUGAACCGAAGCAACUUCCACGAGACGACGAGGCUGUCAGGUUACCUCCUCCGCCGCCGUUAGGCAAACAGCCAGAAACUUCCGUGCAGGAGAGAGCGCAGCAAUGGUUACUGCCCCCGGCUUUACCACAUCUACGAGAUCGCAAGUGCUUGGUUCUGGAUCUCGACGAGACAUUGGUGCAUAGUAGCUUUAAGUGUGAUUUGAAGGUUCUUGAACGUGCUGAUUUCACCAUUCCUGUGGAGAUUGAAGGCCAGUACCAUAACAUUUACGUGAUUAAACGGCCAGGAGUUGAUCAGUUCAUGAAGCGAGUUGGAGAACUGUAUGAGGUAGUUGUGUUCACAGCAUCUGUUUCAAAAUAUGGCGAUCCUUUGUUGGACCAAUUGGACAUUCAUGGUGUCGUCCACCACAGGCUGUUCCGGGAUAGUUGCUACAACCACCAAGGGAACUACGUCAAGGUUGGCCGUGACCUCCGGGACACUAUUAUCAUUGAUAACUCCCCAACGUCCUAUAUAUUUCACCCUCAACAUGCGAUACCCAUCAGCAGCUGGUUCUCUGACGCCCACGAUAACGAGCUUCUUGACCUUAUUCCUGUUCUCGAAGAUCUUGCCGGUACCCAGGUGAGAGACGUUAGCCUGGUUCUCGACAUCACACUAUGACAAUU